UUUUUAAAUCGUUGCAGAUUUGCGGACGUUUAUACUUGGAUUUGAAAAGGUUUCCGAGUAGCUUCUUAGUAAGAUAAUCAAUCGUAACAUUUACUUAUUGAUAACAUGCUUCUCUCUUUUAGUUCUGAUUUCUGUAGACUUCAAAACUGCACUAGCAAGCUAGCUAGUUAGCAGGCAAGGUAGUACAAGGUGGCCGUCCACUCAGUCAGCCAGUCAGCACGUUUCUUGUACAUCUGGUUAGUAGCUCUGAAAAGUCAACCUCUAAACGUUCAGAAACCAGUAUUUCUGGAGUCUCUAAGACGUCAUCUCGAUGUACAGAAUGCCCACUGACUGUGUGCUGUGAGACGAACGCAGUUGAAUGGCUGGUAACACGCACAUGCAUAUUACCAAUGAAGACACCGAAGAUGCCAGUGAGACGGACCUGGCGAAACACGAUGAGGACGACUACGUUGAAAUCAAAGAGCAGAUGUACCAAGACAAAUUGGCAUCAUUGAAAAGGCAGUUGCAGCAGCUCCAAGAAGGUGGUACAUUGCAGGAGUAUCAGAAGAGGAUGAAGAAAUUGGAUCAGCAGUACAGGGAGAGGCUGCGCAAUGCAGAUCUUUUCCUGCAGCUAGAGACAGAGCAGGUAGAGAGGAACUACAUCAAAGAGAAGAAGGCGGCAGUGAAGGAGUUUGACGAUAAGAAGGUUGAGCUGAAGGAAAACUUAAUUGCCGAGCUGGAGGAGAAGAAAAAGAUGAUAGAGAACGAGAAAUUAACAAUGGAGCUGACAGGCGAUUCCAUGGAGGUCAAACCCAUCAUGACACGGAAGCUGAGGCGACGACCCAAUGACCCUGUCCCCAUCCCUGACAAAAGGCGGAAACCUGCGCCUGCUCAGUUAAAUUAUUUGCUGACAGACGAACAGAUAAUGGAAGACCUACGGACACUGAACAAGCUCAAGUCACCCAAACGUCCAGCCUCCCCUUCAUCUCCAGAACACCUUCCCAGCACUCCACUGGAAGCACCCACACAGCGCUACGAAGCUCGCAUUGAGGAGGGAAAACUCUACUACGAUAAAAGAUGGUACCACAAGAGCCAGGCCAUUUAUCUGGAGUCCAAGGAGAACACCAAGAUCAGCUGUGUCAUCAGCUCGGUGGGAACAAACGAGAUCUGGGUGAGGAAGACAAGUGACAGCACGAAAAUGAGGAUUUAUUUGGGACAGCUACAGCGAGGUGCAUUCGUGAUCCGUCGCAGGUCGGCAGCGUAGAGCUCACACCCCUCCCUCCAUCCUCUGACCCUUUUUUUUUUCCCCUGCCCCACCCCAUCAUCCCCCUUCACCUGUGUUUCCACCUUCCAUAAAGCCAAACCCCAAACUGCCCAUGUCACAUGACCACCCUUCCCCACCUCAUUGCCCAAGGAUGUCUUCUCGUGCUGAGAUUCUGCCGUCCGACCCGAUCAGCACAAGCAGGGAGAUGAGCAGAGAGAGGCCCGGGCCUCAUGUGGGCUUUCCUUUCUCACUUUCUUUUUGGCCUUUUUCCCCUCCUUGUAGUGCAGGCUGUAGUUAUAGAAACUUGAUUUUAACCAGUUUUAUUUUAUCUCUUCCUUGGUUACUAGGUGAUCUGGUAACAGACGUGCUUUUCACAUGCCCCCCACUGGUUUGUAAUUAGAAUGAAACACGAUCAAUUGAGAGAAAAAGUAGUAAUCUCUACUAUUUUUUUCAUCAUCUUUUUUAUGUCCUGUACUUUGACUCUUCUCAUUUCUGUGGUCUUUGGAGAAAGCAUAUACCAUGUAAUCAUUUUUGAAUUUAAUUUUUAAAGCUUUUACUUUUAUAUGUGUAUAAAAAAAUAAAAACUCAUAGCCUCAAACUGACAGAAGCUCAUAUGCAUUUUGUUCCUGAAUCCUUCUUGUGUGUGGAGGACUAUGAAGCCAACUUGUUACAUUUGUAUUUUUUUGUUGAGUAAUUGCUGUUUUGUUGCUUUUAGGAAAAGCAUUGUUGUCUCCCUUUUAUUUACACUGUCAUGUUUUUUGAAGUGUUUUCUGUUCUCAAAUGCUUAUUGUCGCCACAGCUACUUGUAACAAGAAAAUG